CUGUCGGGCCGGAACCCGACGCCCCUGAGAGGAGAGCCCCCAGGAAGACACCCUUCGCCUCUGUGGGUGGGGGCUUAGUUCUAGGACCGGAGCGCCCUUGGUGGCACCAGAGCUCGGCUCUCUGGACCUCUCGGAGGACUAGGCGAUGCCGGAGGGCGCGGCUCCCCGCGAGGGGUCCGAGGAUCUAGCCGGACGCUCCCCACCUCAGGGGGCCGUUCCGGACUCCGCCAGCGCUGUCUCCUCUCCCUCAGAUCCGGCAGCCGCAGGGGAUGACGCGGGUGCCUCCAGGGCCCCGGCUCCGGGCGGGGAGGGCGAACCCCUCAGCCCGCACCGCGACGCCCGCCUGGGCAGCACCGAUAAGGAGCUGAAGGCAGGAGCCGCCGCCGCGGGCAGCUCCCCGACAGCGCUGGGGACGCCCUGGCAGCGGGCGCCGCGGGUCGAGGUUAUGGAUCCAGGCUCUGUUGGAUCAAUUUCCAGGAGAUUGCCGUCCCCACGUUUCCACCCCAGUACCCCUGUUGUGAUCCGCGGCCCCCUAGUGGCCGGUUGGGGACGCGGCCUUUUGGGGCUUGUUUUUCCAGCGGGCGGCGCCAGGAGCCAGCUGCCCCGGCCCUGCCGCGUGCUGGUCCUGCUAAACCCGCGCGGAGGCAAGGGCAAGGCGCUGCAGCUCUUCCGCAGCCACGUGCAGCCCCUGCUGGCUCAGGCCGAGAUCUCCUUCACGCUGAUGCUCACUGAGCGACGGAACCACGCUCGGGAGCUGGUGCGGGUUGAGGAGCUGGGGCGCUGGGAUGCGCUGGUGGUCAUGUCUGGGGACGGGCUGAUGCAUGAGGUGGUGAACGGGCUCAUGGAGCGGCCAGACUGGGAGACCGCCAUCCGGAAGCCCCUGUGUAGCCUUCCAGCUGGCUCUGGCAACGCACUGGCAGCCUCUUUGAACCAUUAUGCCGGCUAUGAGCAGGUGACUAAUGAGGACCUCUUGACCAACUGCACCUUGCUGCUGUGCCGCCGGCUGCUGGCGCCCGUGAACCUGCUGUCACUGCAGACGGCCUCGGGGCUGCGCCUCUUCUCCGUGCUGAGCCUGGCCUGGGGCUUCAUUGCCGACGUGGAUCUGGAGAGUGAGAAGUUCCGGCGUCUCGGGCAGAUGCGCUUCACUCUGGGCACCUUCCUGCGCCUGGCGGCCCUGCGUGUCUACCAGGGCACGCUGGCCUACCUCCCGGCAGAAAGGGUGGCCUCCCAGGUGCCCGCGCCCCCCGCUGGGGAGCGGCAGGACCAGCAGGGGCCUGCGGACGCCCACCUCGUACCCCUGGAGGAGCCGGUGCCCCCGCACUGGACCGUGGUCCCGGAGCAGGACUUCGUGCUGGUGCUGGUGCUGCUGCAUUCCCACCUGGGCAGUGAGAUGUUUGCGGCCCCCAUGGGCCGGCGUGCGGCCGGCACCAUGCACCUGUUCUACGUGCGGGCCGGCGUGUCCCGGGCCAUGCUGCUGCGCCUCUUCCUGGCCAUGGAGAAGGGGAGGCACAUGGACUAUGACUGUCCCUACUUGGUGUAUGUGCCUGUGCUUGCCUUCCGCCUGGAGCCCAAGGACGGGAAGGGUGUGUUUGCUGUGGAUGGCGAGCUGAUGGUCAGCGAGGCUGUGCAGGGCCAGGUGCACCCAGACUACGUCUGGAUGGCCGGUGGCUGCAUGGAGCGCCCCCCCGGCCCGCAGCCUCAGCAGGGAGCACCUCCAGGAGAGCCCUUAUGACUCCGUGGGCCUUGCCGUGCCUUAGCCUACUUGGUCACCUCGGAGCUCAGGACCCUCCACAACCUCCCCCCGGGGCCUGGAGGGCCCGUCCACAGCUCAUGUGGUGGGGAGGAGGACCCCUGAAGACGGUGGGAAGGUGGACGCUGUGCUUUAGAAGGACAGUCUCUGCCUACCAAAGGCCAGAAUAAGGCUCUGGGCCAGGAGCCCAGCUGGUUGGGUCUCCCUGCCUGUGGAAGCCACUCCCAUUUUGUUUCUGGGAGCCCAACCCCAUGAAUCAAAUACAAAUAAAGUGACAUUCCCAGCCUA